AUGCCCAGGACUCGCAAAAAGAAGAUUCCUGUAACGAAUACUGACAAAGCGAGCUCAUCGAGCACCCCCACCUCAAGCCGCACUGUCAUCCGACGGUUUCAUGUCCUGCUGAAAAAACAGGGACAGCUGAAAAAUGCCUCUUCUGCCAAUGCUGAAGCACUUGGGGAAAUAGAACGUGAGAUCGACGAGCUGGGAGGAUUGGCGGCCUAUCAGCGUAUGUCGAGUAUUGGGCAGGGAAAUGACCGCGGUGGCGGAAGUGAGAAAGUGCUCAUACAGUGGCUGAUCGAUAUGGGACUUUGGAAGAGGGAAGCCAAAGGGAAGCUGAGGCUUCUAGAAGUCGGUGCUCUAAAGCCUGACAACUAUCGAACAUGCAUAUCAUGGAUAGAUAACACACCCAUGGACCUUCGCAGCCGCCAUCCUUCUAUUGUAGAGCAGGAUUUUCUGUUGAUGGACGAGGAUGAGAAUCGAGGCAAGUGGGAUAUCAUCAGCCUGAGCUUGGUCGUGAACUUCGUUCCGAACCCAAGAGAUCGAGGGCGAAUGUUAUGCCUCGCGCACUCAAUGUUAGCCCCAGAUGGCCUACUCUUUCUUGCGCUUCCGCUUCCGUGCGUGGAGAAUUCGCGAUAUUUGACUUUUGAUAAUCUUCAAUCUCUCAUGAACGUCCUCGGAUUUACCGAGGUCCAGCGAAAGUGGAGAAAGGGCGGGAAAAUGGCGUAUUGGCUGUAUAGGAAAAUUGAGAGCGACCAUAAGUCUCUCGACGAGUAUCGUAAGAAGACUGUCUGUAGGCAAGGUGAUAGAAAUAACUUUGCAAUCCUAUUGCCAUGA